UUGGGGAAAUCCAUUCAAUGUUUAAUGCAAAUGCCAACUCUGUGUGUAAUGGUGGAAUAAGGAAAACAUAUCGGUUAUUAGUAAACGUUUUAGAUGAUGUACACUUGAAGAAAAGAACGGAAACUAAAAACAGUUCAAAUAAUCUCAGUGGGUGUUGUCUUGAAAAAGUAAAGCAGGAAAAACCCUUGCUAAGAACUUCAUACCUUUAUACACGUGCUUAUUACAUUGAAAGAACAUAACUUACCACAGAAGAUAUGAAAAGAAAAUGACAAACCGGGAAUCCUUAAAAUCAGUUCGAAAGAAGGUCAAAAAAGGUAUCAUUGAUAAAGACGUACAGAAGUACGUUGGUAAAAGACUAAAAAAAGUCUUUGAGAAUAAAAAGAAUAGAGGACGAUUUUCCAUCAAUCUUACUGCAGAAGGCUCUGCUGCUGUCGGUGUGCAAGUACGAAAGUCAAGCGACUUGGACUUUAGUGUUAAAAUCCUAAUCAGCAAAACUGAACUGUCAGGUGAAGCUUUAAAGCACGUGUUCAAGGAAGAUGAUAAAGAUUAUACACACAAAAAAGAAACCAUAGUGUCAAAGUAUGUGUUUCUCGAAAAACGAUACUAUCCAAAAAAGAACAGAAAAUUAAAAAGAAAACGUCAUCCGCCAGACAUUCCAAAAUGGUAUAGAGCCGUUAGUAUCGGUGAGGCCGAUGCUGCUAGAUUUCCAGCCUGCUGUAACAGAGAGAGAGACAAAAACUGGCUUUUACCGUAUCUACUUCUCUUCGACUUUCGUCAAUUUAUCCAAAAUGCUAUAUCUGAAUAUAACGAUGUGUCUUUAAAACGGGGAGCAAGGGGUCCAGCUGUAACACUGACAAUCAAACUCGGAGGUAGACCAAAGAUUUCCGUAGAUAUUACACUCAAACUGACCUUGUCACAUCGAACACUAAAAAUCAAGAACUUCCCGUGGCCAAGGGACGAUACAAGGAAUUGGUUGACGAAAGAGAAGAUAAACAAAGUUACUUGUAAGCGGAUAAUUUUAGUACCGAAGGGAGACAAAUAUUGGAAAAUAUCAUUUGCAAACUGUGAAAACGAAAUACUUAAAGAUAUCGAUACUGAUAAUACAUGUCGGAAGAGAUGCCUUAGAAAAAUGAAAAAGAAAUUCAUGCUGUGGAAAACAAAGUCAACAAACCAAAUUUGAAGGUCUUUCAACGUACCUU